AUAAGAACAGGUCAGAGGGCUGCAAAGCUCUUUCUUGUCUCUUGAGAUUUCCCUGUUUAGUUUCAGUCUCAGUGCACCGCUUCCUAGAAUGCAAGGAGCAGAAGUUUAAGAAAGCCAGAGCCCAUUUUCUUUUACUGGGCAUUUGAGACUAACCGUGGGGGGGGAGAAAGGGCAAGUUCUGGGUCACGGGCUUUGCCUGAAAAUGUCUCUCCAGUUUUCUCAACAGGCACCGUGGAGGAACAACAACAUCACCUUUCUGAACAAAGAGCCUCCUGUCUCAGAACAAGGAGAGACUAUUAUAGGCUUCUACCUACUGGCUUUAGGAUGGAUGUCUUGGUUUGGAAACAGCAUUGUGAUUUUUGUACUCUAUAAGCAGAGAGCUGUCCUGCAGCCCACAGAUUAUCUUACAUUUAAUCUGGCUGUAUCAGACGCAAGUGUGUCUGUGUUUGGUUAUUCCCGAGGGAUCAUUGAAAUCUUCAAUGUCUUUAAAGAUGAUGGAUUCCUCAUCACAUCGAUAUGGACAUGCCAGAUUGAUGGAUUUCUGACACUUCUGUUUGGCCUGGCUAGCAUUAAUACCCUUACAGUGAUCAGUGUGACUCGCUACAUAAAGGGCUGCCAUCCAGACAGAGGGCAUUGCAUUAGCAACAGCAGCAUCACUGUGGCCCUGGUUCUCAUCUGGAUAGCAGCUUUCUUCUGGUCAGUGGCUCCAAUACUUGGAUGGGGCAGUUAUACAGAUCGCAUGUAUGGCACAUGUGAGAUAGACUGGGCAAAAGCCAACUUCUCUACAAUCUACAAGUCCUACAUUGUGUCUAUAUUUAUCUGCUGUUUCUUCCUACCUGUGAUUGUCAUGGUCUUCUCAUACGUGUCCAUCAUCAAUACUGUAAAGUCAAGCCAUGCACUAACUGGAAUGGGUGAUCCAACAGAUAGGCAGAGGCGAAUGGAGCGAAAUGUCACUCGGGUUUCUAUUGUCAUUUGCACAGCCUUUAUUAUAGCAUGGUCUCCAUAUGCUGUCAUCUCAAUCUGGUCUGCCUGUGGCUACUCUGUGCCCAAUCUAACCAGUAUCUUUGCCAGUCUGUUUGCCAAGUCUGCCAGCUUCUACAACCCCAUUAUCUACUUUGGAAUGAGCUCCAAAUUCCGAAGGGACAUUUUUGUCUUGCUGCAUUGUGCUAAGGAGACUAAGGACCCCGUGAAGCUCAAACGCUUCAAAAACCUCAAGCAGAAGCAGGAGCCUUCUCCUUCUCAGAGAGAAGAGAAAUAUGCAGCGGCGGUCCAGCCUGCAGCCAGUCCUGAUUCUGGGGUAGGGAGUCCAACCAACACCCCACCUCCCAAAAACAGGGAAGUGUAUUUUGGUACCUUUGAUUCUGCAUCUACCAACCCUGAUAUUGAAUGUGAUAGACUGUAAGGCUGCAAUUACCAUGUGCACCCACUAUACAUACAACUAGAACAGAUUCAGCUCACCACUUCUGAACAGCUCCCUAGUUCCCAUUCCAUCUGUCUCUUACUCUAGAACUAAUGACGACUCCAGUACGACUUAAAGCAAAUCAGGAUGUGCUAAGCAGAUAUAAUUCUUAUUAUAUAUGGGUUAUAAACUGCAGUGCAGCAAAUUACAAUGGUGGGCAUCAAAUCUAGUGCCAGAGGGAAUUUUUCCUUCUCUGGAUCUUAGGGUGACCAGCUAGCAACUGUGAAAAAAUGGGACAGAGCGUGGGGGGUAAUAGGCGCCUAUAUAAGAAAAAGUCCCGCAAAAUGGGACUGUCCCUUUAAAAACAGGAUAUCUGGUCACCCUACUGGAUCUACAGUACAGCAUUUGAAAGACUUCAUUUAGAAAAUGUAUCGGUUAGCCAAAAUCACUAAUAUUUUCAUAUCCAAAUUAUAUUAAUUAGGUGAUUUCAUUUCCCAAAGCACAUUUUCCCAGCCUUUUCUACCCUUUAACAGUCCCGGGUUUAUCCCAUUCCUCUGGCUUCACAAUGCUGCCGUUAGUCAAAGGCCAAAAGGGAAGUCUGCAUCUGCUAAGAUCACUAUAAUGCUGCUCCAUGAUCAGCCACUAGAGGGUGUGCAAAAACCACAUGCUCUCUGCAGGAGACUAACACUGUCACCUCCAUGAUACUCUCUGGCUACUCACAUUAGAGGGGUGAGUGGGUGGGGAUGGGUGUAGAAAUAAGAGUCCUGAAGUCUAGCUAGAACUGAGUGCAGUAGCAGCCAUGUCACUGGGCUAGUUGGCAAACUCUUUGUGCACAGGCAAUGAAUAGCAAGAUGCUGUUCUCACAAGAGUACUAAUAA